AGUGGCUCACUUAUCCCUAAUCUAUUAAUUUUUUCUUUUUCAAAUUAUAUAAACAUUGAAUAUUAUUUGAAAAUUUAAACAUAUUGUAGUUAGGUUUAUAGUUUUGUUCUCGAUUUGUUUUAUUUGAAUGAAAUGGAUAUUGUGAUAAAAUAAAAACCUUCCUGCUUAAGCAGAAAGGACAGGACAGGACAGGACUCUGGCCCGCAAAGGCCCCAGGAUUGCACCCUUCAACUUCCAAGCCAAUUCUCAAUCACUUGUCAGCUUCAUCUUGCUCGUUAAGCAGCCCCUUCAAUCCCGUCCCUAUAAAUUGGCAAAUAACUUCAUGCACAUUUCCGUGCUGCACUCAACUUCACUUCCACAAACAUAAGGGAACCCACACCCUCCUUAGCCACACAGGAGGAACAUGGAAGAAGAGCUCUAGGAUUUUCGAAGUAACAAGGAUGAGUGGAGAAUUAAAAUCGAUCACAACAUUCUCAGAGCCACAACCAGUUAUGCAUUGCAAGCAUGGCUUAUGUCCAGAGUUGUACACCUCUUGGGAGACCGACAAUCCUGGGCGUAGAUUCUUGAGAUGUCAAAUGUGGCAGCGUGGCGACUGUGGAUUUUGUCAAUGGUUUGAUCCUGAGAUUGUUGGUCGUCCAAAGGAGUUGAUUAACAGACUGCGAUCACAGAAGAAAGCACUUGAGAAUAGAUUGAAGAGCCAAGAAGCUGAGCACCGGGUUAUUUCGACAAGAGCGUGUGAAUUGGAGCAAAAGUUGAUUGAUGCAAAUGCUAAGAUUAAGUCGCUCAGUAUAAUGAAUGAUGUGCUUACACAGAAGCUCAAGGUUGUCACAGACGAGCAAGCUAAGAGUGAUAACCAUAUAUUGGAACUUGUAACUUCAAAUGCAAAAUUAACUGAGCAAUUAGUUAAGCUUAAAAGGGAAUUGAAGCUACUGAAGACCUUACUAAAGUGUUUGUUCUUCAUUUCGCUGAUGUUUGUAGUUGGAUUGUCUUGCUUCUUGGCAGGAAAGAGGAACAAAGCUAUGCUGUAUCUUCCUAGUGUUUAGAUGUUAUGGGUCCUUAGGUGUAGGAGCUUUUUUUUUUUUUUUUUUUUUUUUUUUUCAAGUGAACUGCUUUGGACCAUGAAAAAUUGAGUUUAGAAUGUUGGAUAUCAACAUUCUUCGUUGUAUAUAUUUGUUUGUAAAUACUUAAUUAUGAAAGCACUUGACUGUUUUCCCUAAUUCAA